ACACGAGAGGUUGAUGCAAUACUGCAAAGCACUGCACUGAAUUGGAUUGGGUUUGCAGCAGAAGCAGCGAAGGAUAUGGCGAUUCUUCCUUCUCUUGCAGUUCCUUCAACUCCCAUUUCUCGGGUAAAGCUGUUUCAAUGCCAACCCUGUCAAUUCCAUAGAUGCACAGAACUAUAUCUUCCUCAUCAAACAUAUUAUACUCGAACUACAUCAAUUAAAGUAUCAAUGGCAGACCAAAAUGAGCCGAGUGAGGUUAAUAUGCAGAUUGGGAUCAUGAGGGAGAAACUUAAAGAAACACUGCCAGUCUCAGUUCAAGAAUUUCCUUGGAAAAAAGCUGAGCAUAUACUCCUAGACAGACUACUUAAUCUUGCACAAGAGACAGUGAAGUGGUCUCUUGUUCUGUUUUUCAUCUUUAGCUCUGUAUCUGACGUUGUAUAUACAUUCUCCAUAAACCGUGAACUGGUAAUUCCCGUUGGCCUCUUUGUUGGCUGUCUUGCGGCUGAUUUCUUGAAGGAGAUAUCACAAGAAUUGUUUCAUAAAUCUGAGGAAAAGGAUUUGAAACGGCAUCUUCUGGGCAUGUAUUGCCUUUUUGUGUUUGUCAAAUUUAUGUCCACAUGGUUUGCAGCACUACCUCAAGUGUUUCUUUUGUAUGUCGCAAACGGGGGACUGAUGCAGGUUUUGUGGCAUUUGCGAAUUUUUAUGGAAGAUGGAAAGAACAAACAAGAAACUAGUAGCUCCUCUAGUUUGGAGGCUUCAUGAUAGAUGGAUGGAUAAGUUAAGUUUUCCAGCACAUCUUUAUGAGCAGAUUGGGUUGAAUUCUCUGUUAAUAUGUGACCAACAUGAUCUGCUAAUCUUUCUGCCAGUUUCUGCUAUGCUUCUUCAAUAUCAUCUAGCAGCAAUUAACCACUCGCAAUCAUCUUGCACAUGUUAAAGUGGUUACUUUUUUAUGAUUAUUUAAGUGGAUGAUGCAACAUAGGGGAGGAGCAAGUUAUAAGCAUCAUGUAACAAAUAGUAGAUGAACAACGACUAAUUCUGUUAAUGUCUAUGGGCAUUACCAUUUCAAUAUAAAGAAAGAUAAUGCUUUUUGUUUUCGUUUGA